GGCUCCAGCUGACUCUCCAGCCAGAGGCAGCAUUGGUAACUUCCCCUUGAUCAGUGCAGACGCAGGCGUGCACGGCCAGCCCCAGCAUGUCAGAGAGCUCCAGCCCCCAGGAAUCCCCCAACGCUGAGGGUCAAGGCACCCCAGCUGCCCCCACAGAAGAGCCACCCUGCGCUGAACUGAAAGCCGCCUCUGAGAAAUGUGUUAAAGACAAAGGGGAAGAAGCAUGCAAGGACUUGCUAGAGGCAUACCAUUCUUGUCUGCGUGCACUGGGCACGGCCCACCCAGAUCUAGAAGGUAACCCCUCGCGACCAAGUCACUGAGUAUCUUAUCUGGGCAAGUCUCUGGAUUUCUCACAGCAUUCCACGGCACUCCAGGAGCAAAGGUCCGGGGCAGGUCCUGCCAAGGCUAAAGGCAACAGUCCCUGAAGGCAUGGGAGCAAGGUUUCCCAAAUGCAAUAAAUACCUUGCGUUUUA